AUGCAUCUCAAGUAUCUUACCUCAGCAGUCAUCUUCUUUCAGUUUACCGCCGCACAGUCGGCAGUGUCGACAAUCACUCAAAACCUACCGCAGCCAACCCCCGAGCCGGAAUGGGAUUCCGAUGACACCUUCACCUCCGCGGUGCUCAAUAGCACAAACCACUACCGAGAGCAACACAACGCCUCGGACGUGUCCUGGAACGAGACUCUUGCCGACUUUGCGGAAGAAUAUCUCGAUGGCAUGGAAGACUGCGACUGGGAGCACUCGGAUGGACCUUAUGGCGAAAACCUGGCGAAAGGGUAUCCGAACGUGACCCGUAGCGUCGAGGCAUGGGGCGACGAGCGCGACGAUUAUGACUUCGACGAUGCCGAGUUCAGUGAGGAGACGGGGCAUUUCACGCAACUUGUAUGGAAGAACACGACCGACGUCGGAUGCGCGCGCAAGCUGUGCAACGAUAAUGCGUGGUACCUUGUGUGCGAGUACUGGCCUAGGGGUAACGUGCUUGGGCAGUUCGAGUACUCGGUAGACGAGAAGGUGAGCUUUGGGGCGAGAAAUGCGCCGGAGAUGUUCUCAGCAUUCCUUGUGGCUAUGACCUUUGCCAUGUGGAUGACGGCUUGA